CGGGACGGAGCGGCGGGCGGCGGGGGGGUCGGCAGCGUCCGCGCGCUCACCGGCUGCGUCCUGUUCGUCCUGAUCGUGUCCACGCUGCUGGGCAACACGCUUGUGUGCGCCGCCGUCAUCAAGUUCCGUCACCUCCGCUCCAAAGUCACCAACUUCUUCGUGAUCUCCCUGGCCGUGUCGGACCUGUUCGUGGCCGUGCUGGUGAUGCCCUGGAAGGCGGUCUCCGAGGUGGCCGGCUGCUGGACCUUCGGCCGCUUCUGCGACACCUGGAUCGCCUUUGACAUCAUGUGCUCCACGGCGUCCAUCCUCAACCUGUGCAUCAUCAGCAUGGACCGCUACUGGGCCAUCUCCAGCCCGUUCCGCUACGAGCGCAAGAUGACCCAGAGGUUCGCCUUCGUGAUGAUCGGCGUGGCGUGGACCCUCUCCGUACUCAUCUCCUUCAUCCCCGUGCAGCUCAACUGGCACAAGGCGGCGGUGGACAACGAGACCGCGGAGGACAACAACGCGGAGGACUGCAACGCGAGCCUCAACCGCACUUACGCCAUCUCCUCCUCGUUGAUUAGCUUCUACAUCCCGGUGGUGAUCAUGGUGGGGACCUACACGCGCAUUUUCCGGAUCGCCCAGACCCAGAUCCGGAGGAUAUCGUCGUUGGAGAGAGCGGCGGGCCACAGCGCGCAAAACAACAACCACGUGGAGAGUUCCCUCAAGACGUCGUUCAAGAAGGAGACCAAAGUUUUGAAGACCCUCUCCAUCAUCAUGGGCGUGUUUGUGUUCUGCUGGCUGCCCUUUUUCGUGCUCAACUGCGUGGUGCCCUUCUGCGACCUCAACACCCUGGGCGACCCGCUGUGCGUCAGUGACACCACCUUCAACAUCUUCGUGUGGUUCGGCUGGGCCAACUCUUCGCUCAACCCCGUUAUCUACGCGUUCAACGCCGACUUCAGGAAGGCCUUCUCCACCAUCCUGGGCUGCAACAAAUACUGCUCGAGCUCCACGGUGGAGGCGGUGGAUUUCAGCAACGAGCUGGUGUCCUAUCACCACGACACCACCCUCCAGAAGGAGGCCACCCUGCCCGGCGGCGGUGGCGGUGGAGGAGGCGGCGGCGCGCAGAGGCUCCCGUGCAUUGGCGCGCAUGACGCGGAGGACUUGGAGGAGUGCUUCGAUAAGGUAUCGGACCCCUCACGGAACCGGGGACGUAUGCUGCUGCCGGCCAUCCUGCAGUUUGAGUGCGAAGCGGAGAUUUCGUUGCACCUGAUGCCGUUCAAUUCCUCUGGACACGUGGAAUGUUAUGCCCUACCGGGUCAAACCCAGGACUAG